GCAUAAUGAUUACAAGGUGGUAUCCCCUGCAUUAAGAGCUGUUGGAAAUAUUGUUACUGGGGAUGAUAUCCAAACACAGGUGAUUCUGAACUGCUCUGCAUUACCCUGUCUCUUACACUUGCUUAGUAGUCCCAAGGAAUCUAUUCGGAAGGAGGCGUGCUGGACUGUGUCUAAUAUUACUGCAGGAAACACAGCUCAGAUUCAGGCUGUUAUAGAUGCAAAUAUUUUUCCAAUACUGAUCGAAAUUCUUCAAAAAGCUGAAUUUCGCACCAGAAAAGAAGCAGCGUGGGCCAUCACUAAUGCAACAUCAGGAGGAACACCUGAACAGAUUCGGUAUUUGGUAGCACUAGGUUGUACCAAGCCUCUCUGUGACCUCCUGACUGUGAUGGAUUCAAAAAUAGUGCAAGUGGCUUUAAAUGGACUUGAAAAUAUUCUGCGUCUCGGAGAACAAGAGUCUAAGCAAAAUGGAUUGGGCAUUAAUCCCUAUUGUGCCCUUAUAGAGGAAGCAUAUGGACUUGAUAAAAUUGAGUUUCUUCAGAGGCAUGAGAACCAAGAGAUCUACCAAAAGGCUUUUGAACUCAUAGAACAUUACUUUGGUGUCGAAGAAGAAGACUCCAGUAUUGCACCUCAGGUGGAUGAAAGUCAGCAGCAGUUUGUGUUUCAACAGCAGGAAGCUCCAAUGGAGGGGUUUCAGCUGUAAGCUGUUGGAAGUGAAGACGAGCAUAACAUGGAAACACUUGUAGGGUUUUGUUUUGUGGUUUGUUUUCUUCCUUUUUAUUUUUUUCCCCAGAGGUCUGUCUUUAUGGCCAAAGUUAGAGGAGAAGUUGAAUAUGUUUUGCAGAAAUAGAUGAAGCAGCUCAUGCACUUUUAUAUAUCGUGUUAGAUACAACUGUUCUUUGUUUUGUACUUGUGUUUUUCAUUAUCUCUUCUGUACAGACAACAACUGUGAGUAGUCAUGUCUAAAGUAAAGCAUUAAAUGUGAUUUAACAAGAACUGUUAAGCUAAGACUUGGUAGGAUUUUAGGUAGUGGUUCUGAAUUUUUCAUGUAGUCUCAAACUGCAUAUCAGCAAUACAGUUACUGACAGUUGCGUUUUUGGCAGUAGGCUUGACUUGCCCAGUCUCUAUCAAAUCUACCUCUUGUAUUGAAGCAAAAACACUGCUUCAGAACUAAGGCAUGAAAUAAAGAUGAGCUUGUAAGAAGCUG